AUGGACCGGUGGAUAAGGAGCUUCCUUAAAAUCAAGCAGAAUCAUGCAGAUCCAUCUGACUAUGAAAAGUUCUUCACAAGUUCGAGGAACUAUUUGGCGAAGAACCCCUCCUGCCAUUCUGAGGUGUCGAAGACACUUGUAGAGGCCCUGGCCACAUUUAAAAAUGUCCAGCUGCUCUCGAUGGCAUAUCGCCUCCUCUGCUGUGUUAGCGUGGAGUUAGAAAUACCUGAGUCCACGCUAAAAAGGCAUUUCAAAAACUCUUACCUGAGAGAGUACAUGUUUCCACUAGUGUCCAAGCUAGGUCUGCGUUUGUUCGAUUCUAUCCUGCUGAGGCUGCUGCACAAGCCCCAUUAUGAGUGCAAGAGCUUCUUUGAUUUGAUGAAGUCCAGGAGAGGCUGGGCAUUGGAGUUCCUAUGUUUGGAAAGCAGAGAGCUUGCCAGGAAGCAGAUGAUGCUCAUGGUCCACACUGGAAUGUUUCACAAUCUGGAUUACUUUAUAACCUUCUUUGGAAGCAGAGAUAGGAGUCUGUCGUUUCUGGCCUUUGAAACAUUUAUGCUGUUUAUGGAAGAGCUUGUACUCAUCGAGAGAAACGGGAAGCAGGAGGGAAAGGAAUGGCCAGCUAUGGUGCAUAAAGGAGCAUCGUUCAGCGUGUGGUGCAACCUGGAGGAUGCUUGGAUUUCUUUGGAGCCGUGUCUCGAGGUCGAGAGCCCGUCCAACUUUCUGAUCCACUUCAUAGACUUCAUGUGUGAGAAGGAGAAGCUGCGCAAGCUCAUUGCUGCUGGCAAUAGGAAUGAGGUAGAGGCCAUUCUUAAGAGGUAUGUGGAUCUGAAGGAGCCUGUGUCCAUUCCUAGCUCUAGAUGGAUUUCCACGAGUCCCAGGCGUGUUGCACUUUCCAAGGAGGAAGAGGACGUGGAGGAUACCUGUUUUGAGUAUCUCUUCAGCGGAAGGACGUACAAGGACGCAGCAGACUGUAUUGAGAUAUAA